GCAUAGCCGCUCACAGCCAUCAUUCUGGAGACUCUUUGCGCGUGUGUAGCCGGUGGGAGGAGCCGCUUUCCUGCGAUUGUCUGUCUGCUCUGCGCUCGCGCUGCGCGCAUUCCUCUAAAGUUGCGUUCUCGAGACAUACUGCGUCGCGGAGGAUUGCGCGUCGAUACACUCACACUUGUUUCUGACAUCAAGAUUUCUUUUGGUUCCUUUCAAGAUGACAGAAGAAAAGAUUGUUCGACAUUUAAAGCUGGUGACUGACCAGCUUCUGUGGGAUUUGAUGUCACCUUUAGAUCGGUUCAAUUGAAGAUGGAAACACUGGAGUCCGAGCUGACGUGUCCAAUCUGCCUGGAAUUGUUUGAGGACCCCCUCCUGCUGCCCUGCGCCCACAGCCUGUGCUUCAACUGCGCCCACCGCAUCCUGGUCUCGCACUGCUCCAGCACCAAGCCUCUCGAGUCCAUCUCCGCCUUCCAGUGCCCCACCUGCCGCUACGUCAUCACGCUCAACCAGCGCGGCCUGGAGGGCCUAAAGCGCAAUGUGACGCUGCAGAACAUUAUUGACCGCUUCCAGAAGGCCUCUGUCAGUGGGCCCAACUCCCCCAACGAGAGUCGCCGGCCGCGACCCUACAGCGCCACGCUCGGCGGGAGCACGAGGGGCAGCCCCGCCAGUAGCGCCAUGUCCCUAGAGCGUGUCGGCUGCCAGUUCUGCGAUCAGGAGCCCCCGCGGGAGGCCGUCAAGACAUGUGUGACUUGCGAGGUGUCGUACUGUGACCGCUGCCUGCGGGCCACGCACCCCAAUAAGAAGCCCUUCACCAGCCAUCGUCUGGUGGAGCCGGUGGCGGACGCUCAGCUGCGUGGGCUGGCCUGCCUGGAGCAUGAGAACGAGAAGGUGAGCAUGUACUGCGUGGUGGAUGACCAGUUGAUCUGCGCUCUCUGCAAGCUGGUGGGACGGCACCGUGAGCAUCAGGUCACCUCGCUUAGCGAUCGCUUCGACAAGCUCAAGCAAACCUUGGAGAAUAACUUAACCAAUCUGGUGAAGAGGAACAGUGAGCUGGAGAACCAGAUGGCCAAACUCAUCCAGAUUUGUCAACAGGUGGAGGUGAACACAGCCAUGCAUGAAGCCAAGCUGGUAGAGGAGUGUGAUGAAUUGGUGGAGAUAAUUCGCCAGAGGAAACAGGUCAUUGCUGUCAAGAUCAAAGAGUCCAAGGUGAUGAAGUUGAGGAAGCUGGCCCAGCAGAUUGCGAACUGCAGACAGUGUCUGGAGCGCUCGAGUGCCCUCAUCACACAGGCUGAGCACAGCCUGAAGGAGAACGACCACGCCCGCUUCCUCCAGACGGCCAGGAAUGUGGCAGAGAGAGUUGCCAUGGCCACCGCCUCCUCCCAGGUCCUCAUCCCAGACGUCAAUCUAAACCAGGCUUUUGACAAUUUUGCCCUUGAUUUCUCCAGAGAAAAGAAAAUUCUGGAAGGACUGGAUUAUUUGACAGGUAAAACCAGUGAGAAAACUGAAACCAUCUUUUACAGGUGCCUACUGUCCUCUCAUGACACCAUAACAGUGCACUGGACCUCUGAAGAUGAAUUCAGCGUCACCUCCUAUGAGCUUCAGUACACCAUCUACACUGGCCAGACCAACUUCAUCAGUCUGUAUAACUCUGUAGAUAGCUGGAUGAUCGUGCCCAAUAUCAAGCAGAAUCACUACACAGUCCACGGCCUGCAAAGCGGCACCCGUUACAUUUUUUUCGUCAAGGCUAUCAACCAGGCAGGCAGCAGAAACAGUGAACCUGCUCGCCUCAAAACCAAUAGUCAGCCUUUCAAACUGGACCCCAAAACGGCCCAUAAGAAGCUGCGCCUCUCCAAUGACUGUCUGACCAUGGAGAAGGAUGAAAGCUCCCUGAAGAAGAGUCACACUCCGGAGCGCUUUAGCGGAACCGGGUCCUACGGUGCCGCUGGCAACGUCUUCAUUGACAGUGGCUGCCAUUAUUGGGAGGUUUUACUGGGCGCCUCCACAUGGUACGCUCUUGGAGUGGCUUACUGGUGUGGAUUAAAGUCGGAUGGAGAGGAAGAAUGUAGUGGUAUUGGGUUUUCUUAUUGUGUUUUGUCAAGUUGCUGGUGCGGCUUAUUGGUGAGGAGUAGAUAGUGGGGGUGUAUCGUGGAGGCGUCGCUACAGCUGCGCAGGGUCGGGGUGCUGCUGGACUACGACAACAACGCCCUGUCCUUCUACGACGCCAUGAACUCCCAGCACAUAUACACUUAUGACGUUUCCUUCCUGCUUCCAGUGGCUCCCACCUUCAUGAUCUGGAACAAGUCAUUGAUGAUCAUGUCAGGGCUGCCCGUGCCUGACUUCGUGGACUGCAGCGAGCAGCAAGAGGGCAUCUGCCGCCAACAGGAUUCGCCUUAUGUGUCCGGAGUGAAAAGCUGCCACUGAGGCAUCAUAGGAGUUAUUCCAGAAAGUUCCCUCACCCUUCUUAUUUUCCUGGUUUUCAUAACUGGGGUGAAGUUGGAUCUUUAGUUGUUCCUGAUAGUUCUGGUCACAUUAAUGAGCGUUAAGCGAGUGAGUUU